AUGAGCCACAUUCGCAGUGCCAGCUACGACGUCUCCGCGCCAUGGAAGACCCAGAUCCGCGAGCGCGUCAUGAAGAACCUCGAUGUUAUGCUGAAAGACGCGCGCACGGCCUACCAUCGCAAACUCUCCGAAAAUGUGCCCGCUUCCACCGAGGUUCGCUACCGUCUCCAGAACGAAUACAACCAAGACGUCCAGAAUCUGCGAUAUAUCGCCGAGGAAGAGGUUAGGGCCGAGAUUGAGCGCGAGGAGCGCGAGCGCAGGUGGUGUGCGGACAGUAGAGCGCUGUGGGACGUCGACGUCCCCGAACAACUCGGCCAGGCGUUCGUCGAAGAGCAGUUGGCGAUUCUGAACGCCAUCAAAAACCAGCCUCGGCUGGAAAAGGUCGUCGUGCAGGAGUAUAAUGGCUCACUGUUCGAGCAGGGCUCAUCCAGUCGCCCGAUCGAAGCUCAUCCCAGCCGGCCAUCCGCGGUCCACUCGCGCUCUGGCAGUCUUUCGCAGACCUUGCAGGUGGCCAAGGUCGAAACGACGGCUGAGAAAGAGGCGCGUCUCCGGUUGGAGAAACACGAGAAGCAGCAGGAGGAAUUCCGGAAGCGUGCUGAGGAGAUCCAGCAGCGCAAGCGGCUUCAGCGCGAGUGGAACAACCGGCUCGACCAACUCGAAACGACGAGCUCGUCCUCAUCUUCCUCGUCUAUGACCUCCACGACUUCCUCCGCCCCUACCUCCGCGACCCCUUCUCCCUCAUCGUCCAUCACCUCGGAACAGGACUGCAAAUCCGAGCGCGAAACCGCACCAGCCAUGAGCGAGGAGGACGUUAUCAACCUCGUCAUCUUCCACGAUCAACAAUGGACGUGGAUCUCCUCGCUCCCACACCUACAAUGGUCCGACUUCCCUUGGCCAUACCUUAGCUUCUCCGCCCCUAAGCGGAAGGAAGACCUGACGGUGGAAGCGGUGUCCGAGUACGUCGUCGCCCCGCUCAAUAUCUGCCAUGACCGCGCGAUCGUGAAGGACCGGCUCAAGGACCUGAUUCGCAAGUGGCACCCGGACAGAUUCGAGGUGAAGUACCUUGCAUUAAUUGCGGAUUCGCAAGAACGCGAGAUGGUUAGGGAGGGCGCAGGCGUGGUGGCGCGCAUCUUGAACGACCUUCUCGGGAAGUGGAAUGACCAGUAA